UCACUUAACGAGGGUUUCAGUUCUUGACAGUGGAACCAGGAAGUUGGAGGUUUUUCUCAGUAUUCUGUAUGCACAGUCAUACCAGUGCACACUUUGAAACUUUCACUGCACAUCUGUGCAUCACUGCAUGGUCUAGGCACCAUGCCAGAGGCUGAAUUCCUGCGAGUCCGUGCAGCUCCCACACGUUUACAGCACUAGGACCCAGAGGGAGCUUCAUUUCUGUGAGUCAGUGCAGCUAGCUGAGCCCUGUGAGCAGUGAAUGAGGCUGGAAAGGCAGAGGGAAUGUGAAUGGCUCUUCUGGCUUGGGAAAGUGUCCACAGACUGGGGUGCUACGGACUACAAACCAGCUCGGACAACCCUCCGGAUUCCCGGUACUGCCGGCGUCCAGUGCCGCUGCUCUGAGGUGCAUAGCGUAAUGUCCAUGCUGUACUACACUCUGAUCAUAGCUUUUUUGAUCGGCACACAGGCAGCUCCAAAGUCAGAGGACAAUGUUCCACUGGAGUAUCCUGCAGAACACUCCCUGCUUAAUACCCACCGAAGUAACAGACACCAGAUUCCCAAGGCAGCUCCACAGACAUCCCAGGGCCACUCUACUUGGACGAUAAGUAGAAGAGAAGCUAUAAAUAUCACCAUGGACCCCAAGGUUUUCAAGAAGAGGCGAUUCCGGUCCCCUCGGGUGCUGUUCAGCACACAGCCCCCCCCAGUGUCAGGGAAAGGAAACAACAUGGGAUUUCUCAGCAGUGCAGGUGCUCUCAACAGGACUGCCAGGACCAAGAGGACUGCACAUCCUGUGUUACACCGGGGAGAGUUCUCAGUAUGCGACAGCGUCAGCAUGUGGGUUGGGGACAAGACCACAGCCACUGACAUUAAAGGCAAAGAGGUGAUGGUGUUGGGAGAAGUCAAUAUUAACAACAACGUUUUUAAGCAGUACUUUUUUGAGACCAAGUGCAGGGACCCUAAGCCAGUGUCUAGUGGGUGCCGAGGGAUCGAUGCAAAGCACUGGAACUCUUACUGCACCACCACACACACCUUUGUCAAAGCGCUGACCAUGGAGGGCAAACAGGCGGCCUGGAGGUUCAUCCGCAUUGAUACCGCCUGCGUGUGUGUGCUCAGCAGGAAGUCAGGGAGGCCCUGAGGUGCAUCUAACCCCCCUGAGAACAUCCUCCUACCCCCCUACCUCAGCCUGUAAAUUAUUUUAAGUUAUAAAGGACUGCAUGGUAUAUUUAUAGUUUAUACAGUACAAAAAAGGAACCUCAUUAUUUAUUAAACUCUUUCGGAAACUU